UUUGCUUCUUAUGCAUCAUGGAGUGGUCCAAGAUCGAGUCGCGUUGCCCCAUCUGUAGGUGUAGGUUCAAAACCAUUCGCAGACCACCAAAAGACGGUGUCUUUUCUCGUAAACGGAUCGUUAAGGUCCCGGUUCGCGACCAGGUGAGCAAAAUUUUUCAGAAUUCUUGCAUUUGAACCAAGCUAGGCUCACUCCCUAUUGAAAGCGUGGUUAUUUUUAUAGAGGUUGUAUUUGAAUUUUGGAUAUGAGGUUUUUGGUUUUCCCAAUUGGGUUUCUUAUUUUUGGUGCUAUUUUGAAUUAUUAGUUUAGUUUGAGUUUGCUUCAAAACUGAGCUAUGACAUGAUUAUGGUAGAUAUAGAAUUUUGCUAUCUGUUUGAACCGUUUUGAAUCUAGCUCACUGUUAGUUCUGCCAUUGUUUUAAAAUCCUUUGAGGCUUAGGUGCAAGACUUUUGCCUUCCUUGGUUCCUCUUUAUGGUCAAUAAAUCUGCGUAACAAAUAUAAAGGCUGUAUUGGAGAGUAUUUGGAACUAAGAGAGUUGAAUCAUGUCAAAGGGAGAGUUACUAGACUCGGAACUAUUGAAACUGAAGAAUAAUCAACUUAGUUUGUUAUAAAUUUAAUGUUUUUCUUGUUAUUCUAUAUUUCCAUGAUCUUUUUAGUAUUUUUCAUGUUUUUAUAAUUUUCAUUUUGUCUAUUAUGAGGCUUAUGCCUCAUUCAGCGUCAAAGCUUACACGUCGCCGCAAAUUAGCAAAACAUCCCUAAUACGCCUCAAGACUUCUAAAACCUUGAGAUCUGAUAAAAGGUUAACCUUUAUAGUGGGAAUGCACCCAUGCCUUAUGACCCUUAUGCACAGGUUUUUUGUACUGUAUGCAAUCGUAUGACAGAUGAAAGUCUUUCGUUGCUGUGUGAUCUUUGUGAUUCUGCGGCUCAUACAUACUGUGUUGGACUUGGUCUUACUAUACCUGAAGGUGAUUGGUUUUGCCAUGAUUGUACUGUUUCUAGAGCUGAAUAUGCCAGUAGUGAAAUAAAUACAGAAGAUGGCUAUCAAAAUGAAAUGCCAUCACAUCCACAAAAUGGUUUCCCGAUUGCUGAUGGCCCUCCUAGUAGAGUUUCUUCAGAUUCAAACAGAUAUGUACCUUUUUCUGCCCCUAUGCACACAACCAGUGCUAUGCAUGAAGCAACAGGGCCAAGUUCCUCGUUUGUUGAGAGAACUCCUCCAAGAAUUUCUUCAGAUUCAAACGGUUAUAUACCUACCGCUGUACCUAUCCUCGUAACCAGUGCUAGGGAUGGAGCAACUGGGCCAGGUGCAAGAACAUUGGAUCGUUGUCGCAAUGUGCAUAGUCAUAUAAGAGCACUGCGUGAAAAUUGGAAUGCCUUGCGAAAUGGUUCUUUGAGUUUCUCUUCCAGUUCAUUUAAACCUGGCUGCAGAAGUCAAAAGCAUUUCAUGCAUGAAAUGUCAGUUCAAGCAGAAUCUUUAUCUUCCACAAGUUGUCAGCAGUCACAAAAUCAAGAUAGUUUUGGCUCACCUGAUAUUGACAAGGCAUGGAAAAUGCUAGAUAUUGCAAAAUCAAAACAGUUUGCUCAUAAAAAGAUUAGAAGUGUCCAGUCUAAGUCCACCCAACUGUCGUCUAGCAAAGCAAGUGCUCUAAAAGAAACAUCAAAUAUAACUGAAACGAGGAAUCUGAGAAUAACUGGAAUAGAGAAGUCUGUAAAAGAUUGCUUUCUUGAAAAGAAAUAUGGAGUGGAUAAAUGCUCAUACUUGGAAAGUGAAAGGCUUGAUAGCGUUAUGAACAAGGAAGCAGCAGGAUGCAGUCAGAGUUUUCCAACAUCUAAUUCCCCUGGAUUAUUUAAUUCUUCCUUGGUUAGGAAUGUCGGGACUAGCAUUGGAAAUGAAAACAGGUCAAGAUCAUUACAGGAUAAUGUAAACCAAGCUUUAUCGCUUACCAUGAAUGAGCAAAAUGGAUCUGCUUGUUCAAUGAGGCAAGGAACCAUUGAGUCCUUAGAUGCCGAACCUGAUCACAUUAGAUCUUCAGCUGAUAAGAUUGAUAAAUCUAAGAUUAAUAAUAUUAUAUUGGAAAGUGACUCUGUGGAAAGCAAGGUGAGAAAAUAUAAUGAUUCCAAAAGUGAGAUCCAGUCCCUUGUCAAGCGCAACUUGAAGCAUCUAAGCAGGGACAAAAGAAUAGGAGUUGAAACAUUCAAGGAAAUUGCAAGGCUUGCCACACAUACCAUUUUGGCUGCAUGUGGUUUGAAACAUCGUCAGUCUGCUGUGUACAGCUUCCCAACCAUAGUAUGCUUCCACACUGAACGGUUAGAGCAUUUGUCCAAGUCCAAUCCGAUGCCCAAGUCUUGCCAGCAAUGCUUCUAUGUCUUUGUAAAGGAUGUUGUCAAUUCCAUCAUGUUUGAGAAGCUGGGUUUUGCUAAACGUAGUUGAAAUGUCGAUAAUUCGUUGGGGCGUGGCAUGCUGUUCAACAUCUUGUAUGAUCAAAAUAUUGACGGUUAGACUUGUUCCCCUCCCAUUUUUGAAACUAUCUAGUUCAGCAUGUAAUUUAAAGUGUAUAUAUUUUUCUAGAUCUAGCAAUAUAUCAUCGUAUUGAACUGUAUUUGUGUCAUGUUUUGUGAAAUUUAAUCUACAUGAACGCAACAAGUUAAAGCUAUC